AUGGCACCCAAUUUUCUUUUCAAAGACAAAGAUUUCAAGACACGACAACAAUUUUUUUACCUCCUAAGCGAAGAUUUCAAAAAGGAUGGCCUCGAUUCUAGCCACUCUGAGGAAGAGAUCAAACCAGCCAAGAAACAGUGUCGAACCAACAAGCGCCGAGACCAUCUAGAGAACCAUGAACAAUUGAUGAAGGAUUAUUUCAAUUCCGGCUCGGACUACGAUACUUGA